CAGACCUUCAGAAGACGGUUCUUGUAAACAUGGCCUUAUCAUCGUCAAAAGCUCUAUCGUCAGUGCGCUAGAUCAUCAGUGAGCCAGCAAAAUAGACCUGUCGUGGUCAUUAAAUAACCGUAAAAUUAAACAUUACGUACCCCCAGCAGGUCGGCCGCACGUGUGCAGACGAGAAGCAGUGAUUCGCCGCUGUAAGCUGGGCUGAGGUCGGUGGAUCAAUCACUGCGAUAUUUAGCCUUGGAUACUCGCCUGCUUCUCUUGUCAACACCAUCAAGCCACAGGCACUCGACUCGAUUUCAGAAUGGCUAUCCGGCGCUGGGGUUGGAGACCCGAAAACUUGGGUCGCGGAUUGGCCAAUACCAUCCGUAACAACUACCGCCUUGGGUUAACGGCAUUUGGUGGCCCGCCAGUGCAUUUCAAGAUUUUUCAUGAUAAAUUCGUUCAAAAGUUGCAAUGGAUCGACGAACAGACAUACCAAGAAUUAUUCAGUGUCUGUCAGGCCACGUCUGGUCCUGCCAGCACCAAGAUGCACUACUGUAUCAACCUCAUCCAUGAUGGUUUCCUUUCCGCCCUGUUGGGCUUUCUCAUCUGGAGCUUGCCCGGCGCCCUGGGAAUGUAUGGUCUCGCCAUCGGCGUCUCCAACAUUGGGGACUCGCUCCCCCGCAUUGCCUACGCGCUACUCUCCGGUCUAAACGCCUCAACCGUCGGCAUUAUCGCCGUAGCCGCCGUCCAACUGUCGGAAAAGGCCAUCACCGACAAAGUCACCCACAUACUCGUCUUCUUGGGAGCGGCCGCAGGCAUCAUGUACAAUGCCCUGUGGUACUUUCCCCUCCUGAUAGUUCUGGGCGGCAUUGCAACCAUCGUCCACGACUACCGGUGGCUGCAUGGACCCAUCAAAGCCGUAGUGGGCGUGCUCAAAAAGCCCCGGAGGCGCGUGGAAGAGCCCGAGUCGGUGAACCUUCCAGAGGCUCAGCGGGUUGAGAACGCCAGCGGCACUGCCACGCCCUCGGUCAACACAAGAGAGCGCCAGACAGGGGGUCAGAGGCCAGCCAGCAGCGGAUCCCUCCCCGUUACUGAAGACGAGCGGCUGCAAACCGAGACGGAGCCUAGGACUGUCCCACAGGACCGUGUGCUAAACUUCUCCUGGACCUUUGGCCUUGGUAUAAUCGUCGCCUUCCUGCUGACCUUUAUCGUGGUCAUGGUCUUGCGUGGCACCCUCCCAAACAAACCGCUCCUCUUCAGCCUCUUUGGAAACCUGUACCUCGCUGGAACAAUCAUUUUCGGUGGCGGACCCGUCGUCAUUCCACUGCUACGCGAGUACAUCGUUGCCGAGGGUUGGGUGAGCCCCCGUGACUUUCUAAUCGGGCUUGCAAUCCAGCAGAGCUUCCCCGGACCAAAUUUCAACUUUGCAGUCUACCUGGGCGCACUGACGGCCAUCAAUGGGGGUUAUCCAUCGGCUGCCGGUGCCACAAUUGGGUUCUUGGGUAUAUUCGUCCCAGGGUUAAUGAUUGUCCAUGCGACCAUGGGUAUUUGGAGCGCGAUCCGUGGCAUCAGGUGGGUCAAGUCGAUGAUCAGGGGCGUCAACGCCGCUGCUGUCGGGCUGGUCUACACGGCAGUUUACCGCCUGUGGCAGAUUGGUUACAUUGAUCAGGGUUUUCAACAGGGUACGAACCUCGGUCAGGAGCCUUGGUGGGUAGUCGUGACGGCAUCCAGCUUUGUCUUUGGCUACUCGUUCGGUGUGGAUCCUCCGAUUGUCAUCAUCAUGGGUGCCUUGAUGGGUCUGGUUUGGUACGGCGUUGUGAAUGCUUGAUCGGAUAAUAAGUACGUUGGUAUUGAAUCGUCUCAUCAGGCUACAGUCAAGUAGGCUGUCCGUUUCCGGCUGCACUAGAAAAUUCGCCUCCCAACCACUCGAUCGAGUACCACGACUGUGAAUCCAUGCCAAACUGAUCCAUAUUGAAGUCCAAACCAUCAAACGGCCCAUCAAAGGCGUUGCUGGGAUGUAGAGAUGCCGCAGAUGGUGAUUUGGGCGCCUCAUCCGUCUCUGUCGUUGGCUGGUCCAACUGGGCCAUCGGUGUCGGUUGCGUGCUGGCGGCUUGAAACGGCCCUGCAACGGUUUGUGUGGAUGAAGUUUGCGCACCGUUGGGAAGAGACGCAAUCGGUGACUGAUAUUGUACCGCGUUCAUGCCUAUUUGGUUCGCGUUAUUGGGUAGCACACUCUGGCCGAGGAGAGCCGGGACCUGGUUCCGACCUUGCCCUCCAAUGGGAAUUUCAGGCGACUCGGGGAUGCUGGGGGCCAAAUCGCUGGGAAUGCCUGUUGCAAGGAGCCUCUCGAGAUCUGCACGGAUUCCCAUGGCCGCUGGUGCUGUGAUGGUUUGCUUGAGCACCCGAAGACAAACAUUUCCCAUCUCUUGUACGCUUUCGGUCGUGAUUCCAAACUCAACGCCGCUGGUGUGCAGACUCAGGUACAGCAUCCGCGCGCACUGAUACAAACAGACCGGAAGGUCCAUAUCAGUGACGGGAACGCCGUCAAGCGCCAGCAUGAGACUAAACAUGUCCGCCAUGGCCCUGGCAUGUUCAAAAAUCUGACGGCGACAGAUGCCGGCAAACCCAGGAUGGCUGGCCUCGAUUCGUGCCAUCAUGUUCUGUGGCAAAGCGUCGCGCGACACUCCAGAAUGGGCCGCAACGCGAUAUAGGUCAAUGUGACAUUGUUCCCACCACAUGUGCGUCAUGACAAAGACGCAGAGCCGUGGGGAGUACGCUCGCAACCGUACGUUGGCCUCGGACCAAUUGAAGGAGACGGGAAGUCGGGCAGCGAAGGCGCC